GAUAACUGUUAUCUAACACUGAUAAAAGAUUCAGGUUACCUUCGAGUCAGUAUAAAAAAUGCAUCGAUAUUUACAUCUCUGUGUUUUUCUUUCAUUUGUAAACGGUGUCCUUUUACUUUGUGAUGACAGCGAGUUUGUGCGAAUACAUAACCGGAUAAAUACAGAGAAAGAAAACAUUGGCAAUGAACUAUUGGACCAUUACGAUGUACUUGAUGAAUUAAAAGAGUUAGUCAAGAUCCUGAGAAAGCACAUAAACGAAGCAGAAGACAAACUAAAGGAAUUAGAAACAAAUAACAAUAAUGCAAUUAACAAGAUCAUUGGAUUAAACAGUACCGAAGAAACACUGUUUGAAGAAUUAAAAAUAAUCAAAGAUUAUCUAGAUAAACUUAAUACUCCUGAUAUAAGUAUCACUGGUGUACAGAACAAUACUGACUCGGUGGAAAAUAUUUUGAAAGAGCUUAAUAUUCUGGAAAAAGAUGUGGAUAAUUUAGUUGAAAAAUACGAUCUAACAAACGUAACUAGAAAAAUUAUGAAUAUACCCCAUAGUGUUGCAGAGGAUCUCUCUAUUUUAGAAAAAGUAAUUUCUGAGGACGACAAUUCCGAAUGCAUGAAGGGAAUGGAAGAAGAUCUUAAAUCAUUAUUUAAAGAAUUGGCAACUUUACUAGACUUUCAACAUAUUUUGCAAGAUAUUGAAGAAUUAAAAGAAAUUUCUUAUAAUGUUAGUAUAACAGCGGCAGAAGAAGUAGAAUUCGUUCAUGACCUAUUACUGGAAGAAGAACAGGCUAAAGUCCUUAAAAAGCUCGCAAAAACAUAUCAAGACUAUGAAGAGGAGUAUAACUAUAUCAUGAAAGAAUUGGAAUCCGAAAACUGCGUAGAUGUGGAGCAGUGUAUUACACAAACCGAAAAGGACAUUACGGAGUAUACAGGCAGAAGUAAAUGUAUUUCUAUUUUUUUAAAUAAUUGUUAUGUGAAGAAACCUUCCGAAAGUAAUGGACUGCAUAAAUGUGUGAAGAAAGGAAACGAGUGUUGGUUUUCAGCCAUAUAAUUGAUAUACACUCACCGGCAAAAUUAAUCGCCCACCUUGUAUUUCUUUCAAUUUGCAGAAAUUGUCAAUCUUGGAUCACAUUUUAUGAAAGAUAUGAUGAAAGCUACCUUUAAGGAUAAAAUUAUUGAAAAAAAGUCCUUUAUCAAGGCAUGCCUAACCAAAAUCCAAUGUUUAAAAUUCUUCGAAGAAAAUUCAAACAAACAUAAUUUUGAAAAUCAGAGUCUAUAAUUAAAAAAAAUAUGAGUAAUAAUAAUGGAUAUUGCCCCCUUUGGCCCUUAGGACUUCUUGGAGCCGAUUCGGCAAUCCAUUCACGAUAUCGUGGAUAUCCGAGUGGGGAUAUUGUGCCACUCCUCUACUGCAGCCGUCUUCAGCUCUCGGAAGGAUCUAGGGGCAGGUACUCUUGCUCUUACCCAAUUUUUGAGGUUGUCCCAAAUGUGUUCAAUUGAGUUAAGAUAGGUACUGCGUGCAGACCCGCCGAGAGGGCGGUACAGCAGGUACAUUUUACCGGGGCCGGCGAUGUAAGUGGCCCGGCGUCGACCAGACCAAAGACGUAAUUUUUCCCGUUUUUUUUUGCUCUUCACUUUAUGUACAUAAUGCGGUUAAUCAAUACGCGGCUAUAUUUAAUAUGACCUUCUGAACCUCUAUUUUAACAUACAUUUAAUUGCCAAUUAGUUGCUAGCAAUUAUAGAAAGUUGCUAGCAAUUAUUAUAAAUACAGAAUUUACACCAAAUAAAGAAAAUCGGCGCAAGAAACCUGCUAGAUUUUUGGAUGAUUUGCUGGGCCCAGUAGUGACAGUGACUCGACUGAUAAUUUUGAACCCGGAGCAAUAUUUCACUAUGAAAUAUUUAAUAUUGUCAUAGAUUGUAUAAUAUGCAGUUUAACCAGAAGAUGAAAUGUGGCAAAUGAAAUAAUUCAUUCGGUAUUUAAAAUUUUAUGGACAUUUCGAGAUGAAGAUGACGACAAUAUUAAGAAAACAAUAAUAAUUGAUAUAUUGGGCGAGUUUUAUAAUAAUAUAGUCAUCAGUGAAGAAUUGACAAUAAAAUUUUUCAUAAUCUCAACUUUCUCCAAUAGAUUUACUUAAUGAAAUUAAACAUCUCAAAGUGGAAUCAUUAUUCCCUAACGUCGUUAUUGAGUUAAGAAUAUUUUGCACAUUAACGGUGACAGUCUCAUAAAAAGAUCCUUUGGUUGCCUCAUAAAAAGAUCCUUUGGUUGCCUUUCUCGCAUAUGAGAUCUACAAUGAAACAGUAUCGGCUAACUGGCCUAGCAACUUUGAGCAUUGAAAAGAUUUGGUGAAAUCAUGAGACUUUUCCAUAAUUGUAGACAUCUUUGCCGAUCAGAAAACUCGAAAAGCAUCUGUAUUAUAAAUAUUUUCAGUAUUAUGAACACAUAUAAUCAAAAUUUAAUAAAAUUUACAUUUGAAACGUUUCUUUCUAUUUAUUAUUGAUAAUUUUAUUUUGAUAAAAAUAACUAAUUUUUUUCGCUGUUCACUUUUUGCCGGAGCCCGCUAUUCACUUCUUACCGGGGCCCGCUCAUCCCUUUCAGCGGCCCUGACUGCGUGCCGCCCAUGGUAAAACUUGAAUCCCGACCUCAUUAAGAUACUUACGGGCAGUGUUCUCAGACCUCCUGAAAUUUCAGGAGACCUACUGAUGGCGACCCUCGCCUACUGAUCUACUGAUGGCGUCCUUAAACCUCCUGAUGAAGUGAUGAAAUUCUGAAAAUCAUCUGGUUUUGUUCCAACUCGAUACAAAACCGUUCUUGAAUGAUUACGAGGAUGCGCAGUAAGAAAAAAUGUGUUACUGCGCAGCAUUAUUCGUCAUUGCGCAUGCGCGUAACGAUUCAAGAACGGUUUUGUAUGGAGUUUGAAUUUUUCAGAAUUUUAUCCUAUUUCAUUUUUUUUUAUUUUUAUGCUUUAGCCAACAUCUAGCGUUGCCACAGCCGUCCCUUACAGAUUUUAUAGAGUUGCAUGCCUACCUAUAAACGUAAAAAUACUCCACAAACUGAUUCUACUGAUUUUUCGUGGCGACAUCUAGUUGCCAAUCUAUAAACGUAAAGACUGAAACUACAGAAUUCUACCAAUUUUUGAGGCGAGCGAGUCUCCUGAAAUCUCCUGAUCGUUCGUGGCGACACCUCCUGAUCCUCAAAAAAGUCAUCUGAGAACACUGCUUACGGGUGAAUCUUGCGGUAUGGCAACGUGCAUUGUGAUGCAUUAAUCUAAAGUUAUCACCAAUGAAUGGUGCGAAAGGCAUUAUAUGGUCUUGAAAUACUUUUUUCGCGUAUCUUUAACACGUUGACGGACAGUGCGUCAAAUGUAUAAGCAGUGUUGUGACACUAAGGGCCGGUUGUUCGAACGCUAAUCAACAUUAAUCACUAUCAAAUACUUAAUUACUGUCACAACUGUCAAUGUCAACUUUGGUUGGGUUGCCGAAAACAUAAUUAUUGAUGACAAUUAUGAAAUUAGUUAAUCAAUUAUGUUAAUAAUUGUUAUGUUAAUUGACUAACUAAUCUCAUAAUUAUAAUUAACUAUGUUUUCAGCAACCUAACCAAAGUUGACAUUGACAGUUGUGACAGUAAUUAAAUAUUUGAUAGUGAUCAAUGUUGAUUAGCGUUCGAACAACCGGCCCUUAAAUGUAUUUUGCAAAGUAGAAUAGGGAAAAAUGCAACGUCUAUAGACGUUGUGUCACAUUAUAUCAAUGGAAAUUAGACGUAUAUAGAUGUUCUGUCCGUCAACGUGUUAAGCAUUCCCACUGCCUAUAUCUAUAUCGAACGCAGCAAGAUUGGUACGGUACGAGCUUCGUACUGUAUGCUUAAUGAAGAAGUAAUGCGAGAAACUCUGGAAGAUGAAACAGUCGGCAUAAGAGUAAAUUGAGUCUUAGUUAACAACAUCAGAUAUGCAGAUGAUACAGUAAUAAUAGCCGAUAGUUUACAAGACCUGCAAAGACUCAUGAGUAAAAUAGUAAGGUGUAGUAGGGAGUACGGACUCUCUCUCAAUAUCAAAAAGACGAAGUUUACGAAAAUUAGUAAAAACAACCAUAAUACUAACGAAAUCUUGAUAAUAGAGGGACAGCAGAUCGAAAGAGUAAAAAAGUACACUUACCUAGGAACACUUGCAACAGAAAAUAAUGACUACACUGCAGAAAUCAAAGUCAGAAUCGAAAAAGCACGUUCUAAUUUUAUGAAAAUGAAAAAGGUCCUAUGUAGCAAAGAUUUAACAUUAGCUAUUAAAGUACGCCUAACAAAAUGUUACGUUCACAGUGUACUAUACUAUGGAGUGGAAUCAUGGACGUUAAAUGUAUAGAAAAUGAGGCGACUUAACGCCUUUGAAAUGUGAACCUAUAGAAAAAUUAUGAGGGUUUCCUGGGUAGAUAGAGUUACGAACAACAAAGUACUAAGAAGAAUAGGUAAAGAGAAGGAAGUUGAACUUACAAUUAAAGAAAGAAAACUACAGUUUCUCGGACAUGUGAUGCGGGGCGAUGCAAGGAAAGAUAGAUGGCAGAAGAAGCAUCGGAAGAAGACGAAUUUCAUGGCUGAAGAACCUGCGAAAAUGGUUUGUAUGCAGCUCAAAACAACUAUUUAGAGCUACUGCCUCAAAAAUUAAAAUAGCUAUGAUGAUUGCCAACCUUCAUAGCGGAGAUGGCACCUGCCCAGCUAGCAAGAUAACGUUACAUUAACGUUAUCUUGCGUAUACAUUGUUACGUAACAUCUAUCAAAAAAUGACGUUACUCAUAUGAAAUUUUAAUACGUAUAUUAUACGUAUUAAUUUAUUCGUUUCUGAAACGUGGCUCUUUGGUAGGUUUUAAUGCGUAUGAAUUUAUUCGUCUCUAACACGUGGAUUUUUGGUAGAUACAGACACGUAUAAGAUCUCGUUUGAGAUUGCCGCGCCAUCGCGUAUUUAUUUUGAACCUUUCAUUAAACCUUACAUUUCCGUGAUUAAAAUCGUGCUUGUUUUUAUCGAGUAUGCAGUUAUGUAAAAAAAAUCGAAUUAUUAUUAUUGUGUGCCUCAAUGUGAUUCUUGGAUAAAGCGUACCUAAUAGUCAUUUAUCGUUUCAUUCUUUCCCUAAAUAGGAUAAACAAAAUAGAAUUCUAUUCAAUGACAGUUUUGAAAAACGAAAUGUAUGGAAAUCUCUUUUAAAAAUGGGGAAGCAGCCUAGUCCUUAUAUGAAAGUGUGCAGUUUACGAAUGAAGAUUACUUCAAGGGUAUGUUUAUGUAUUGUAAUAUAAAGUAUAAUAAUUUUGUCUCUUUCUCUCACAUAAAAGUCAAAUAUAUAAUAAAUAUUUAUUUCAAAUAUUUAAUAAAUGUGUCAGCAUCACGUAUGUGGUUUUAUUUACACAAUAAUUUUAAGUCCUAUUUAUAAAUAUCAUUUAUACCGAAAAUUCUCCUAAAAAGUGACGUUUUUGUGACGUUAAAAAGGUUACGUAGAAAUAACCUAAAAUUGUUACGUAACAUCGCUGUGACUUUUUUACGUAUAUUUUAGGUAAAAUUUGAUGUAACUUUUGUCGUAACUUCUCCCAAAAUGUUGACGUUUGUUUGACGUUAUAUAUACGAACACUGUUAGCUGGGUGAAGAAGAAGAAGAAGAAGAAGAGCUUCGUAAAAGAUUCCUCCCCAAAUAUUGACGCUCUUCGGUAAGCCACUGUUUCUGUUAUAGUAAAUAGAACAAACCUUUCAUUUUGACGCCUGUAGACACGCUGAAGUUCAUCUGGACCUUUUAGAACUAUUCUGCUCUAAUCUGAGAACACUAUGUUCUUCCAUUUCGCCUCAGACUAGUCACCAUAUUCUCGCGCAAGACGGACGGGAAGCCCCCAAAUUUCUUUCUUCCAAUUUUCUUUUAAUGAUUCACUCACACUAUCAUUUCUUACCUCAAAAAGACGCGUACGAGCUUCAGGAGCGGUGCAAAAGCGAUUCCUCAACACGUUGCUGACAAUGAAGCAGCCAUCUAGCAUCUAGAAUACAUCUCCAAUGUAGUCCAUCGAUGUCGGCGUUGAUCUGGCUUACGGGUAUAAUAUGAACCUGUCUCCCGAAAUCGUCUGAUAUCAUCCCGUACCGUAGUUUGGCCCCUAGAGUAUGAUUUUCAAAAUAAUGUUUGUUUGAAUUUUCUUCGAAAAUUUUUAAACAUUGGAUUUUUGCUAGGCAUGCCUUGAUAAAGGAGUUUUUUUCAAUAAUUUUAUUGUUUUCUCUUUCUCAAUGCUCAAGGUAGUUUUUACCGUAUCUUUUAUAAAAUGUGGUCUAAGAUUUGACAAUUUCUGCAAAUUGAAAAAAAUACAAGGUGGGAGGUUAAUUUUGCCGGUGAGUGUAUGUAAAAUGUUAUAAUUUAUAUUUUUUUUAUCAGUUUACUAGCACUAGAUUAACAUUAAAAUAUUUCUUCAUAA